AGCUAUCUACAAAUUGAAAGUUGCCCAUAAAAACUGUUGAAUUUUGUCACCUUAUUCAAGUAAUGGCCGACCCGUUAUGCUAUGCUGCCGAUGGAAUGGAUAGCUGAAGCUGAUGCCCACACGAGUUGGGAUUACCAACAAAAUGAAUCUUGGCUUCUUUCUUCUUUUCUCUAUGAAUACAUGCAUUCUGUCACAUGCUUUGACCAUUCAAUCACUUACCCAAGUCUGAUUGUCACUGCCACCCUGAUCUAAACUGGGGCAGAGUCGUUGCCCAUAGAGAAAUGUUAACAAAAAAUUAAUAAAAUUUUUGGUAUAGCGUGAAGAGGGACCCAGAGGGCAUGCCCUUUCAUGCCCCAUCGUUGGCUGUCUACAACACCAAUGUGGGCUUGGACCACUUUCUCAUCUCCUAUAUAUCCCUUCCUCCACUUCCAUUCCAUCUCAAUCCCAACUCCAUUACUACAACUUAAUACCCACAAGCAAAGAUUUUUUUUAAAAAAAAUUCUUUUUUACUUGCCUGAUAAAAAGAAGCAGAGGCAGCUGAUCACUAGAGAUGAAGAUGAGCAGCAGCAGCAGCUCCAUCACCAUGGGAGUAUCAAAGAGAAGGAUUUCUAGCAGAGGUCUGGGAGCUGCACUUAAAGAGCAAAGAGCUAGGCUUUAUAUUAUAAAGAGAUGUGUGGUAAUGCUCCUCUGUUGGCAUGACUAGUUGCCAACUACUGGCUUCCCAUGGAACCUCAUUUUCAAUUUUCCUUCCUUCUUUUUCUCAGUGGAGCAGUGUAAAUAUCUCCGGCAGGAUAUCCAUAUAUAAUGUUAUACAGAAGUUACGUUAAUUCUCAACAAAUUCUGUUACGUGUUUGGCCUUAAAAAUUUUUCUUUUUUCUGG